CGACGCUUCGUCUUCGUCUGUCCACCAACCAGACCAACCUCCGGCCACGGGCUCACGGCGGCGAGCGGCCCCAGCUCCGAUGGCGCCAACGGUUGAGAUCAGCCACCUCACCUUCACCUACCCCGGCAUCGACGGCCGCCCGCCACCCGGCGCGCCACCGCUCAUCGAGGACGUCUGCUUCUCCCUCGACGCCGGCCAACGAUGCCUCCUCCUCGGCUCCAACGGCGCAGGCAAGACGACGAUACUGAAGAUACUAGGCGGGAAGCACAUGGUGGAUCCGAGCAUGGUGCGGGUCCUGGGAAGGUCCGCCUUCCACGACACGGCACUCACCUCCUCCGGCGACCUCUCCUAUCUCGGCGGUGAGUGGAGACGCGACGUGGCCUUUGCUGGCUACCAGGUGAACAUUCAGAUGGAUAUAUCGGCAGAGAAGAUGAUUUUUGGUAUUGCUGGUGUUGAUCCAAAGAGGAGAGACGAGCUUAUCAAGAUUUUAGACAUCGACCUCACCUGGCGCAUGCACAAGGCAUCAGAUGGUCAGAGGAGACGUGUCCAGAUUUGCAUGGGACUUCUUAAGUCAUUCAAGGUUCUUCUUCUUGAUGAGAUCACAGUUGAUCUUGAUGUUCUGGCAAGAUCAAAUCUGUUAUCGUAUCUUAAAAAGGAAUGUGAGGAAAGAGGUGCAACAAUCAUCUAUGCCACACAUAUUUUUGAUGGUCUUGAUGAUUGGCCAACACACAUUGUUUACAUUGCUCAUGGGAAACUGCAAUUAGCAGUGCCUUUGGAAAAGGUGAAAGAAAUGAGUCAGUUAUCUCUCAUGAGGACUGUGGAGAGCUGGUUGAGGAAAGAAAGAAAUGAGGACAGGAGGAGGAGAAAGGAGCGAAAGGAGAAAGGCCUCCCAGAAUUCGACAAGGUUGUCGAGGGUAGUCGGGUUAUAGGUGAUCCAGCAAAGAACGCAGACAGAGUUAUAAACAACGGGUGGGCAGCUGGACGGCUUACCUCGACGAUUGCAGGAGAGGAAAAUUUCGUCUUCAGCUCUAACAGCGUACUUAGGCAAUGAUCUAGCUUUGUUUUCCUUUAUCUAUACAUUGAAAACGGUAAAUAAUAGUCUUGCGGAUCCAAUAGAGAUAUCGUUGGAGCUUUGUCAUUUAUAGCGAAAGUUCUGUCAGGAAAGGAGAAUUCACUCUAUAUAGUUUGGAUUUGAGGAUUUACACUGUAAUUUUAUUCGCAGCUGAGUGUUCGAGAAAAAGAAAUUGCACUGUAACAACAUAUAUAUACUGCACCAAAUAUUUGUGUGGUCAUAUUUAUUUCUACAGGGGCUACGCAUAACU